CUGCCUUCAACUCUUCUCAAUGGUCUUUACCACCCACAUUCAUUUUCUCAACCACCUCUCCAAUUCUCUUUCAAGAUGGAUUACUAUCGACGGAACGAACUUCCCGAGACAGUCAAGCGUUACAAAACGUAUACCGAACAGUUUCAGGCAUGGCUGCUCAAGACGGGAAUUCAGCGCGGCGUGGAACUCGCAAAUAUAGUCGCAGACCAGGCUAAGAAGAAAAAGAGCAAAAAGGGCUACAGAAUACCACUACAAGAGCAGGAGCAACUCGUCAACGCCAUCACUGCUACAAGCGUUCCACUUGCCGACACCUCCGGUAUCAACGACCUCGAAGAUGCCAUCCGCUCCAGGAGAGAGGUGACGCAAUACCACAAACACAACAACACGGCGGAUUUGGGUCACGAAUACUUCAGCGGGAGCCUAGAGACGCUCAUGGCGUCGUUGAAAGUUCUCGUUCCUGGAAUGAACAAAGCUCGAAAUCGCAAGAAUGACACGCCCACAUUCGUGUUCAUUCAGCUUCCCACUGGUCCCAAGACAAGCCAAGAUGAACAAGACGACUUGCUUAAGAAAAUGCGGGAACAGGACCAAUGCGACAUCGAGAGUGAUGGUCAGCAGCAACAAACUCCGACAUCCAGGACGAAGAAGAAGGCACCAAUAUCAGAGACAAAUCCGCUGACUGCAGAGGAAGAGCAGCUGCGCCGCGAAUUCCUUAUACUCUGCUUUCUCUACACUUUCAACCGCAUACGAGAUGUCCUCUACGAGAUUUGGGUGCUCUACCACAAGGGCCUUGUCAAUGCGAUCACAGCAGCGUUGGUAUCAGACCUGGCUCAGGACCAAAUGAACCAAAAUGUCAAGUCACUCGUGGAAGAGCUUGAUCUGCUACCUGGAGAAUUGGCCAUACUCAUCCACCAACUUUUCAACAAAACCAAAGCUGCUCUUGAGACUGGGGCGCAAAAUUCUGCGACACUACCUGCUGAAAAGGUAUUGCGCCACCUGUUCGGUCUGGAUGCUGCUGCUUUGAUCAAAACCUACAUUACGAAGACAUACCCAACAGAGGAUAGUGCUGACGAAGAUAUACGAGAGCAUCCUCUCAUGCUCUUCUUGAAGUUCUUCGACGUCAUUCGCAAGGGCGGUCUCAAACUUCCUAAGUGGGAUCACUUUACUGAAGAGAUGUUAUUGCACCAGAGUACAUCACAGGACUACCUGCCGUUCGGCUUGGCCAUUGUCCUUGACAUCCAGGAAGCUGUACGUGAGGACUACCGUCGGAUGUUACGCGACCUUACCGAGCACGGUUUGGAUAUCGCUAGAUGUAUCCGUUAUCAUGUCGAUUACGAGGAUCGCAUGUGGGCCAAGGGCACAAAGCCAGAUUACAUGUGCAAAGAAGAGAUUAAAUUUAGCACCAUCCUUCUCAAUCCUCUAGACAGGCUGUUGGAGUGGCUACAAGAGCUUUUGAACUCUCAAGAAAAGCCAAUGACUGCUAGCAUCUUCAUCACUGUCCACUCGACGCUCGCAGGACUCUCUAUGUGGCACUUUAACUCUAUCUAUCAUCAUACUGCGAUUGCUAAGAUACAAUGGUUCAUUCAUGGUAUGGCCCAUCUAUACAACGCCGCCUGCCAGAUGGGUGGUCUGGAGAUUCUAUGGUCAGACCUGGACUACCUGAUCAUGAUAUAUGGGGCCAAGGUUAUGUUCCGGGGUGAUCCACCUACUCACCCUAACGACUUCCUCAACCGCUAUCUCCUCUCGGGCAACACUAGCAGUCGCGUUAUGGCUUCAGACUUCCGUCACACGUCCGAAUUUCUACCUCAAGUCUCGAGAGAACUUGGUGCCAAGCGUGGUUUGCAACCCGAAUUGUCUUUGGAAGCCAAAAUCUGCGACUACUACGAUUCAGAUGCGGACAACGAUCGUUGGCUGAGGCGUCACGCAGUCUUUAACUACCUCUAUCGACAAAGCGAGGAUACCGACAAGACACCAGAUGAUGACUGUCAGGAAGCUACUCAAGAUAGGAAGGGCCUACGAGAUACAUUCGCGAACCUAGCGGCCAAUAUCGCGCCUCCAAAGCCAAGGCGAAAAGGAAAGAGCAAAUCCAGGGUACACAGACCCGACUUCGACAAGCAAGAUGAGACCCACGCCAAACUCUUCGGUACAAUGAAAUCAGAACUACGAGAGAACGAGGUGCACAGUAAUUUCGACUUCCUUUCCUUUUACCGCCGCGCUUACGACCUCGUUCUGCGUAUCCGUAAGGAAGUGCUGAUGAGUGAUCAAGUCCAGCGCUUCCGCGCCGAAGACAUGAAUGCUGAUCCAGAUCCCCCUAACUUUCAACUGAUAACUGAUCUCUUCCGCGCGCUUCAAAUCGAUCCAAAAACUAAGAAAGGAGAGGAAGCGGAAGCUGAGGAAGGUGCUGGGUAUCAGCUGUCUACCAAGGUCGUGCCGUUGAAACAGAUUCGACGUGUCGCGGAGAUGAUCCAGGAUUUAACUCGUAGUGAAGGUGAUGUGGAGUUGAAGCGCGCGAAGUUGCGGGUCAAGGGAGAUUGGGAGGGUCUCAAGGCUUCGUAUGCUGCUGAAGAGGCGGGCAGGGAC